AUGUCGCUACGAAACAACAGUCAGAUGGCGCUCGAUAACCGAUUCCAUACGAACUGGUUGGUAAGAAAUGACUCGACAAUUUUUCUCAACAUGUCACAUACACUAACUUUGAAAGAUUAUUCUUCAUUAAUCAAGCUACAACCCCUAGCCGUACAUAGCGCUAAUAAAACAAUUAACUAUGGCUCAAUUAUUCGUGAGCUCGUCGAAUAUUUCAGUGGACCACAAAGCCCUUAUUCCAAGGAUUCUAUUGAAGAUCAACGGUCUUUCAUUCGUCACACUCUUACUAUUCGCGAUCCUUCGCCUGAACAGCGAUAUCCUUCUCAUAUCUAUAAUCUGAUCGAUCAAAUGCUUUCUUUCGAGCGAGAUCACAUGAAAACACUAACAUACGCAAACACUCUUCCUGUGCAAUACAAAUCCUUUCCACAAAUUCGUGUUUGGCGCGGUGAUAUCACAACUUUAGUCGUCGACGCCAUUGUUAACGCAGCGAAUAACGCUCUUUUAGGCUGUUUUCAACCUACCCAUCUAUGUAUAGAUAAUGUCAUUCAUGCAGCUGCUGGUCCGUGUUUAAGAGACGACUGUUAUGCUAUUAUGAACCGACAGGGACAGUCAGAGCCGAUUGGUCAUGCUAAAAUCACCAUUGCUUACAAUCUUCCCUCCCGAUACGUGAUACAUACCGUUGGCCCUCAGUUGUCAUAUGGCGCACGUGUCACAGACAAUGAUGCUCGACAAUUGGCUUCUUGCUACGAAUCUUGUCUAAACUUAGCAUCUGAAAUUGGCACCAUCACAUCGAUUGCAUUCUGUUGUAUUUCAACAGGAUUAUUUGCUUUUCCAGCUGAUAGUGCCUGUCGAAUAGCCAUACAAACAGUAGCUAACUGGCUUCGACAUCGAGGUUCAAACACAAAAAUAUCUCUAAUUAUCUUUGAUGUUUUUAGUCACGAGGACGAACAACGAUAUUUCGAUACACUGGACCAUUUUUCUAAAAACAAACUAUGA